AUGUGGUUCUGGAUCGCAAUUGGAGUGCUCCUUACUGUCACUUUGCUCACCGCUUUGAGGAAUGGUGACAAAGACAAGCGUUUGCCGCCUGGUCCGAGUGGCUUGCCGAUACUCGGCUAUCUUCCGUUCAUCAAGGGACCGUAUCACGUUGCUUUCAAACAACUGAGCGAACAAUAUGGACCCCUUGUAAGGCUCAGGCUCGGAUUAAAGGAUGUGGUUGUGCUUAACGACCUUCCUUCAAUACGGGAGGCGCUUGCAAAUCCUGACGUGCUCUAUCGCCCCGACAAUUUCAUCUUCAGAGAACUUGGAUACAUUGAACAGGCGGAAGUGCUACAUCUGGUUGAUCUUCUCUCCUCCCAAAACGGAAAGCCUACUAUGGUGGCCCUACAUCUUGGGUCAAGCUUGGCCAACGUGAUUUCGGCACUGAUGUUCGGACAGCGCUUUCACUCUGAGGAACCCGGGGGUCGUUUCCUCGAGCGGCUAUCCACCAAACUCAUGCAUAGCGAAAGCUUCUUCUCAUUCAUGGACUUCUUUCCAGGGAUUCGGGCUUUGCUGGCUACAAUCCCUAAGACAAGAGUUCACACUAUGAAGUGCGUAAUGAAGGAGAUGGCACAGCUUGUGAAGGAUGAAGUAACAAAGCGGGAGGGAAAAUUAAACAAGCACGUCGAUGUGGACUUCAUUGACGGAUACUUAAAGACGAUUCAAGGAGAAAGCACUGAUCGUCGUUACACUCUGCAAAACCUUCAAGGAAAUGUGGCCAACAUCUAUGGAGCAUCGACAAACCCGGUGCGCAGAACCAUCCUGUGGUGCCUGUACAUCGCAGCCGCGGAUCCGGAUGGUUACCAGGCCACUCUGCAACGUGAGAUCGACGCCAUUGUGGGUAGCGAGAGGACGCCGCAAUGGGAAUACCGGCACCGCAUGCCAUUGACAAUGGCUUUCAUACUGGAGACGCUGCGCUGGAGGACUAUCUCACCAAUCAGCGUGCACAGAGUCGCAGGUAGGGACACCAUCCUGAGUGGGUACCACAUUCCCGCUGGUACCUUUGUGGUGCCCAACUUGUGGAGCAUUCACAACGACUCUACUCAUUGGCGAAGGCCAUACAUGUUUGAUCCAGUUCGAUUCCUGAAAGCUGACGGCACUGAGAUAGAGCAAAAGCCACAGGCGUUCCUGCCUUUCAGCCUUG